CAAAACACACGGGAGUGGUGCACCACCGAGACUGGAGCCCCGGACCCAUUAACGACACCAGCAGCAGUAGCAGCAUCACAGUCACCGCUCCACCGCCUCGCUUCCUCCGCCACUGCAGCCUCUCAGCCCGGGUUAGAGGGACUGGCUAAGCCCUGAGGAUGCAAGUUGUUUUCAAUCAGUUCUGUAGUUACCAGCUGUGCCCUCACAUUCCCCAAGGUGGCACAACCUAGAUAUUAAUCAUCCAUCGCAUCGUCUCUGCAUGUGAGUCCUCUGUGAGGAUCUGAAGAGAUAGAAUCUCGACUGCUCUUCUUCAGUCAAGACCCCUCUUCCAACAUCGGUUCUGCUUCCCUACUCACCUGCCAUGGUUACAUGACAUAGCCCUGAGUGGCUUUGCUCCUGUCUUGCACACACAGACAAUCUCUUGGGUUUUCCUAAGCCUCUAGACGCCUGCAAAACUAAAAAAGACAUCUAUUGGUCUGACAGGCAGUACCUCCGUGGUUCGAGAUGACAGUGGCUGUGAGAUUCCGGCGCCAUUUACGUAGACUUCUGCUCCUUCUGGCCUCAUGCUGCCUCAUUUCCCUGCUCCUCUCUGCCUAUUUCCUCUUUUCAAACUCUUCCCCCUCAAUGCAUCUUGGACAAUCCGCUGAGCCUGCCUGCUCCCAGCCACUUUCCAUGUCCCCGUACCGUCAGCUCCCCUACCCGUAUCCUCCAAACCCACCGUACACGCAUGUCCACACCGAUGCGGUGGUGCUAGUACUGGUGGAGUCACAGUACUCUCAGUUGGGCCAGGACAUCGUGGCAAUAUUGGAGUCGGCCCAUUUCCAAUUCCGGAUGGAGAUUGCUUCAGGAAAGGGUGACCUUCCGCCACUGACGGAGAAAGGCCAUGGACGGUAUUCGCUUAUCAUUUAUGAGAAUCUAUUGAAGUAUGCACAUGCAGAUACAUGGAACAGACAGCUGCUGCAUCAAUAUUGCACUGAGUACAGAGUUGGCAUCAUCGGUUUUUACCGCUCCACAGAGAAUUCACCCUCUGUACUCAAACUGCGAGGCCUACCGCUCAUUCUAAGGACCAACCAGGCACUUUGGGACUGCUGUGUGGUGUCCAGCUCACCACUCCUCCAUUUGACCAAGCCUGGCACAGAUCGCGGUGCCUUACCUGGGGAGGACUGGACCUCGUUCUUAUCUAAUCACUCCUCAUAUCAGGCUGUGCUGCUAGCACGGGCUAAAGAGGGAGCAGUGGCAGGAAGCGGAGACAAUGCCGGACCUGGUUUCAGCCUCGGCCUUCAGGCCACGGUGGUGCAGGACAUGGGACUUUAUGAUGGAGUGAGACGAGUGCUUUUUGGCCAAGGGCUAGGCUACUGGCUCCAUAGACUCAUCCUGGUGGAUGCCAUCUCCUACCUCACAGACAGAAAGCUUACCUUGGGUCUGGACCGGCAUAUUCUGGUGGAUAUAGAUGAUAUUUUUGUCGGCAAAGAGGGGACACGCAUGAACACCAAGGAUGUGAAGGCUUUGCUGGAGACCCAGAAGCAGCUGCGUUCCUAUAUCUCCAAUUUUACUUUUAAUCUUGGCUUUUCUGGAAAAUUCUACCACACAGGCACGGUGGAGGAGGAUGAAGGAGAUGAUCUACUACUGAAAUAUGUAGAUGAGUUCUGGUGGUUCCCCCACAUGUGGAGCCACAUGCAGCCUCACCUCUUCCACAAUGAGUCCUCUCUGUUGGAGCAGAUGGUCCUCAACAAGGAGUUUGCUCUGGAGCACAACAUCCCAGUUGACAUGGGCUACGCUGUGGCCCCUCACCACUCUGGCGUCUACCCAGUGCACCUGCAGCUGUAUGAGGCAUGGAGGCAUGUGUGGAACAUUCGAGUCACUAGCACCGAAGAGUACCCUCACCUCAAACCUGCUCGCUACCGCAAGGGCUUCAUCCACAAUAACAUAAUGGUGCUGCCUCGUCAGACGUGUGGCUUGUUUACUCACACCAUCUACUAUAAGGAGUAUCCUGGUGGACCGAAGGAACUGGACAAAAGCAUCCGUGGGGGAGAGCUGUUUCUUACUGUGCUACUCAACCCUAUCAGCAUAUUCAUGACCCACCUCUCUAACUAUGGCAACGAUCGACUGGGUCUAUACACGUUCGUUCACCUGGCCUCCUUCCUUCGCUCUUGGACGAACCUGAAGCUCCACACGCUCCCACCUCUCCAGCUCGCACAUAAGUACUUUCAGCUUUUUCCUGAACAAAGGAACCCACUCUGGCAGAACCCAUGUGAUGACAAACGACACAAAGACAUCUGGUCUAAGGAGAAAACAUGCGACAGGUUGCCUAAAUUCAUGGUGGUGGGCCCACAGAAAACAGGAACGACAGCACUUUAUCUCUUCCUGGUCAUGCAUCCCUCCAUCUCCAGUAACUUCCCUAGUCCAAAGACAUUCGAGGAGGUCCAGUUCUUUAACACCAACAACUACCACAAAGGAAUCGACUGGUACAUGGAGUUUUUCCCCGUGCCCUCCAAUGUUAGUACGGAUUUUAUGUUUGAGAAGAGCGCCAACUACUUUCCCUCGGAGGAGACCCCACAGCGAGCUGCUGCCCUGCUGCCCAAGGCCAAGAUCAUCACGCUGCUCAUCAACCCGUCUGACAGGGCCUACAGCUGGUAUCAGCAUCAAAGAGCCCACGAGGACCAUACAGCCCUGCAGUUCACCUUCUAUGAGGUCAUCAGUGCAAGAAAGGGAGCGCCUGCAGAGCUGAGAUCCCUGCAGAGUCGCUGCCUCAUCCCUGGCCUGUAUGCUACACAUCUAGAGAGGUGGCUGAUGUACUACCCCACUAACCAGGUGAUGAUCAUUGACGGGCAUCAGCUAAGAAGCGACCCCACAGCAGUGAUGGAUGAAGUGCAGAGGUUCCUGGGUGUCAUUCCUCACUUUAACUACUCCCAGACUCUUACCUUUGACCCUCAAAAGGGCUUCUGGUGCCAGCUCCUAGAGGGAGGAAAGACAAAAUGUUUGGGAAAAAGCAAAGGAAGAAAGUACCCUUCUAUGGACCCAGAGGCACGCGCAUAUCUCUCCAGGUAUUACAGGGAGCACAAUGUGGAGCUGUCAAAGCUGCUGCAUCGACUCGGACAGCCCCUUCCCUCAUGGCUGAGAGAGGAGCUGCAGAAGGUCAGCACCAUGCUCAUCUCACCAACGGACAUGUGCUUUUAAAGGUUAGAUAACAUUUCAGUCAAUGAACCAGGGGUAAAGGUCAAGAUAUCAGAGAUCGGGAAGCGACUAGGAGCUCCUGACCUUCAUGUGCACGCUGUCUGUGGCCUUUUAGUGCACGCUGAGGUGAAUCCAAGGACGGAUGGACUUUUUUCACCUGCGAGCUGCAGUGCUGCUGGAUGGAGCAAGAGGUGUGAUGGGGCAAGAAUCUUUGUGCGCUGCAAUGAAUGGAUGGAUGGAUGGAUGGAUGGAUGGAUGGAUGGAUGGAUGUUACAAAUGACUGGAGGCAGCUCUAAACUGGGACUAAAGCAAAGUGCCAGCUUAUGUUAACAGAGAGCUGUGGGAGGUGUUGAGGAUUUGGCAUGUCCCGAAUGCCUAAACCUUGUUCUGAACUGUUCUGAUUUUUUGGUUUGAUUUCUCCUCUAAGUUAUGUUACCAGAGCAGCGCUGGUCAGCUGUGUGUGGUUUACAUAGAGAUUUCUUUGCACUGAGUUCUGUUCUAUGUAUUCCCCAAGACAAAAUAAUACAUACCUUUUAAGAUUUACUUUUACCUGAAUUUGUUUUAUUUAGAUUUUUAUUGUAUGAUGACAGAAUAAAAAGCAAAGAUGAGAUGGACUCAGGGUGAUUGACAGGCUCUUACUUGCUUUUUUGUAUUGCAAAUCUUCUUUUUCGUAAAACAGGUUUAAGGCAGAUCUGGUAGCACUGUUCACCCCACAGUACGUCACAUGACGCUUUUAAUAGGAGAAGGUUUGGACUGGAAAUGAGUAACUGAAACUAAAAGCUUAACUCAGUCAAUACUUUCCAAGCAAGUCAUGCACGAGUAUGCUUUGUCCAUUUAUUAGAGAAUUAUUUCAGUUCUAAGAACUGCAAAGACAUGACCAAAACUAGUCUGAAUUGUGAGAUAACACAUUUAAUUUUAGGAUUUUUUUAAGUUGGUGCUGUUCCUGCAAGGAGUUUAUGUUUUAUCCAUGUCUCAAGUAGGUCUAAACCUUUUUUCCCUUUGAAAACCAGUGGCCUAUGUUUAGCCUCAAUUUGAAUGCAAGCAACCCUAAAUGUCAAAUACAAAACCAAAAUUCAAAUAAAAAUGGAUAUGACUCUCAGCAUAAAA